CUUGCUAUGCAAAUGGGAGGUGUGGCAAAUCUUUUAAACAGGUCAUGUCCUUUUGCUUAAAAAGGCAAUACUUGCCCCUCAGCUAAUUUUCUUCACAAAAACCCUUCAGUCUUCUCAGGCCUGUUUGGACAAGCCACUAAAUAGUCCUAAUAUACAAACUAAGGUGUUUCAGACAGAAGAUCAAUAACCAUCACAUUUUUUCAUGUACAUUUGUUAUAACUUGCACAGUGAAGUCAACACACCCUACUACUGUACUGCCAUAAUAUGCUCUGUUCUUAUGAGAUACGGUCUUUGCAAAUACAUAAGACUAUGUCUUUAGCUGCUUUUUUUAAAGUGUGCAUUAGCUUUGUCCAUUGUGUCAGGCUUCCUGACACUUGAUCUUAUCAGUGACGCUCACUGAGUGCUCUAUAAAAUAUUUAAACAUUAGUUGUCUUUGAUGACGGCCCUUUUUUUUUUUUGUCUUUUUCACGGCAGUUCGUGACAUCAGGCAUUUACUGUAACCUCUCAACAAGUAGAGACUUGAACGCUCCAGCAGAGGAGGUGCUUUGCCUUCAAGUCUGAGCGGCUUUAAAAUGCUCUGCUUUGGUAGAACAGACGUUCACAGUUGUGUCGUCUACUUACAUUAAAAGUCGUUUUGGACCCGGAAUAAAAAAAUGGAGAAUAUAAACAACUCCACAAACGUGGACACCGCAGACAAAAACUGUCAGGACAACAUCGACCAAAACCGAGCGCUGUACAUUUUCUAUUCUUCUGUGGUAGUGCUGGAGUUUAUCUUGGGUCUCCUGCUGAACAUUACAGUUAUCCAUCUCUUCGUCUUCAAGCUCAAGUUCUGGAAAUCUAAGACCAUUGACAUUUUCCUGUUCAAUCUGGUCCUGGCUGAUAUUUUGUUGCUGAUUGGAUUGCCCGUAAAGGCUUAUAACUUUCAGCAAUGCAGUGAACAGAAGGUAGUGUGCAAAGUACAGCUCUUUCUGCAGUUUCUCAACCGAGGAGCCAGCAUCGCCUUUUUGACGGUCAUCUCCAUUUAUCGAUAUUUUAGCGUGGUCCAUCCUGGGAAGAGGAAAGUUCUGAGGAUUUUGAGACUGUCGCCUCAGAUUUCUGUAUUCAUCUGGGUGCUGCUGGGAAUUUUGACCAUUCCAGCCAUGUUGCAAAGUUUUUUCAGGUGCAACAGCAGUGAAAAAGAUGAGCAAAUCAGUCCCAUUAUUCUACUGAGGGAAAUUGUGUUUUUUACUCAGAUUUUCAUCCCCUUUUUUGUUCUUGUGUAUUGCUCAAUACGGAUUAUCAGAAGACUCAAACAGAAAUCGGUUGGCGACAAGACUAAGCUCCGGAGAGCGAUGUUCCUCGUCACUUCGGUGGUUUUCGUCUUUGCUGUCUGCUUCUUGCCGUAUGCCAUAACAAGAGCAGUGCAGCUACAUAUCAAUGGGCUCGUGAUGAAAGAGGAAAAAGUUACUGUCGUUAAACUGUACGAUGGGCUUGUUUGUCUGUCUUAUCUGAACUGUCUGUUGGAUCCAAUCCUGUACUGCCUGAGUAGCAGUAAAUUUAAGAAGUUAUACAUAUCAAUGUAUCUCCCCUUUCUACUGGAGAAGGAACAACCGGAAAGUUCAGAAGAUACUGCAGAUGACUAAGUAA